UAUUUAUUUAAUAAUAUUAUAAAUAUUAUCGACUCCAUCUACACAACUUUACCAUUAUUAUUCUUCUUCUUCUUCUAUUCAUUCAACCUUCCAAAAACCCUAGACAUGGCUUGUGAUUCAAGCAACCAGCAACAACUUCACAUAAUUCUCUUCCCGUUCAUGGCACAAGGUCACAUUCUUCCACUUCUUGACAUAGCAAAACUCCUCACAUCAAGAGGUCUCAAAACCACUCUCAUCACCACACCUUCAAAUGCUCCAACCUUAAACAAAUCAAACCAAACCUCCAAAAUUAACAUUAAAUUCAUCAGAUUCCCAACAGAUGAAUUACCCGAAAAUCUUGAUUUAGUCACUGAUAAAGAGGUCCAUGCAAAAUUCUUUGACUCACUUCCUUUACUUCAAGAACCUCUUGAGCAAAUCUUGCAAGAAUUGCAUCCGAAUGGGAUAAUUUCUGACAUGUUUUUUCCUUGGACAGCAAAUUUAGCAUCAAAAUAUGGAAUUCCAAGGUUAGUAUUUUCAGGUACUAGUUUCUUUUCUAUGUGUUGUUUAGAAAAUCUUGAAAAACAUCAGCCUCAUAAAACCGUUUCUUCCGAUACGGAGUUGUUCAUGAUGCCUGAAUUUCCGAAUUCUAUCGCCUUUUCAAGAUCGCAGCUAUCCGAUUCCUUCAAAUUAGACCAACCAACUAUUUUUACAAAAUUGUUUGAAAAUGCUAGAGAAGCUGAAAAAAUAAGCUUUGGGACCAUUGUGAACAGUUUUUAUGAGUUAGAAUUUGGUUAUGUUGAUUAUUAUAGGGGAAUUUUAGGUAAGAAAGCUUGGCAUAUCGGUCCGGUUUCACUAUGCAAUAAAAAUCUUGAAGAAAAAUCUCAAAGAGGUAAGGAAUCAAGAAUUGAUGAACACAAAUGCAUCAAAUGGCUUGAUGCAAAGAAACCUAACUCAGUUCUUUAUGUAAGCUUUGGUAGUAUUGCUAAUUUUGAUGAUAAUCAAUUACUUGAGAUAGCAUUAGGACUUGAAGCUUCAAAUCAAGAUUUCAUUUGGGUGGUAAGAAGAGAAAAAAAUGAAGAAGAAAAAUGGCUACCAAAUGGUUAUGAAAAAAGAUUGGAAGAUAAGGGCUUAAUUAUAAGAGGAUGGGCACCACAAAUUUUGAUACUUGACCAUCAAGCAAUUGGUGGAUUUGUGACACAUUGUGGGUGGAACUCUAGUUUAGAAGGUGUGAGUAGUGGCUUACCAAUGGUGACAUGGCCUAUAUUUGCUGAUCAAUUUUUUAAUGAGAAGUUGAUUACUGAUGUGUUGAGGAUUGGAGUUGGUGUUGGUGCUAAGAAAUGGGUUAGAAUGGUGGGGGAUUUUGUGGAGAGUGGGAAGAUUGUGAGGGCAGUGAAGGAGGUUAUGGUGGGUGAAAAAGCAGAGGAAAUGAGAAUUAGGGCAAAGAAUUUUGGAGAGUUGGCUAGGAGAGCUAUUGAAGAAGGGGGAUCAUCUUAUAAUGAUCUUGACAAAUUAAUUGAAGAUUUGAAGUCUUAUCAACAUUGUUAAUGUUUGUUAUUUGUGUUUAGUGGAGUAGAUACUUUAAAUUUUCUUUGUAUAGUUUUGUUAGCUAUCCAAAAGUUUAAUUAGGAGUUAUGACUAAAUUCUUGUUAUUUUUAAUUUAGUGGAUGUUUGAUUCA